AUGGAAAACUCAGCUAGACAUUCAGUGGAUAUAAAAUCCGAAGACUUUGUUGUUUUGAUUGCUCUUCAAAACUUACAAACAUUUAUAAUGAUAGGGUAUACAGCUGUUAAUAAAGUUCAUUUGAAUUUUGAUUUUUCAUAUUUAUGGGCCCUAUGUGUUGGAACCAUAUUAUUUAUAUAUUCGCUAAUUAGUUUUGUGAUAAUUAGAACAUUUGUUUUUUCAAAAUUAGACAUAGGAAAAUAUGUUUUAGAAUUGUUAUUUUGUGUAAGUAUAAUUGUCACUUGCUCAUUAUCUAUAAUUAUAGAUUCAUUUAAAAUUGCAAACAUGCAAUUAUUAUUUUUUUCCUUUGCCUUAACCGGGUGUGCAUAUUAUAACUUAAUAACGUUGUUUUUUUUUAGUGUAUCUAUUGGAAUAUUAAUUCAAUAUAAUUUAAAUAUAGAUGGAUUUGAUUUAGAUAUAAAUUCUUUAUUUUUUACCGACUUGUUCUCUUAUAUUUUGCAAAUUAUUGGUGGUAAUAUUUUAUAUUUUCGCAUGUAUGAUUUAUGUUAUCUCAUAGUUUUAUCAAAAAAAAAUCCAUGCAAAUAUGUAGUUGCCUCAAAAGAAGUGAAACAGUUAGAAAAACAAAUUUUCACAUCUUUACUCAAUUCUUAUAUGUGUAUAAAGCCGAAAACAUCUUCAGAUCUAAUGUGUACCAAUUACUUUUUAAAUAAGGAAAAUUCCUCUAUUAUUGAUGGUGAUAUGAAAGUGAAACCUAAUCGUUCUAUUACAUAUUUAGAUAAAUUAAAUAAAAAGAAAACAUUGUUAACAUCUACCUAUAACAAUAGUGGUAUUUAUAAUAACAAUAAUAAUAGUAAUAUUAAUAACAUUAGGAGUUUAUCCAAUUUUGGUGGUAACAAACGAACUAAUUCUUACGUAAAAAAAUUUAAAUUGUCAAAUACAUUAUCCCUCAAGCGAAAUACUUACCUUAAUCGUAAUAAUAACGGUUUUGUGUAUUCGAUUGAAAAGUCUAAUGAUUCCGAAUUAAAAAAUUGCACUAACAAUCCAGAUAUUUUCAAAAAGUACUAUUCUUCACAAUCAGGGAAGCAACAAAAAAUGCGAAGCUUUAUAGAACGAACAGAUCGCCGUUUAAGAAAAUCAAAAAGAGUAGUGUAUCCAAACCGUACAACUCAGAUAUGUGAAAAUACGAAAAAUAUAUACAAAUCAGAAAAAUCGAAAACACUAAAAAGACCAUCGUUAGAUGAAAAAAAUGAUAAAAAUGUUCUAUUAAACAUGGAAAAGAUAGGAAAGAAACAUGAACAAAACAAUGUGUUCAAAGAUACGUAUGAUGAUAAUAUAUCGGAACGAACGAGCAAUAAAGAUAAUCAUUUUUUAAUACCGGUUAAGGGGAAUAUGGCUGAUGAUAACUUAAAUGCAAAAAAAAGUUCUUUGGAAAGCUGUGAAAAAGUCGAUGCCGUAAUUGACAUCGCAGCUGAUCGAAGUUUUUCCCAAUGGGAGAGCAUGGACAGUGACAAAAGGAGAAAACAAAAACAAAAAGGAAAAAAAAGUAAAAAUGAAAGUAAAAUAAAAAGUAAAAUUAUAAGAGAAGGCAAGAUUAAAAGUGAACGUAAACGGAAAAGCGAAUGUGAGAGUGAAAUUGAAGGUGAUGAACGAAAUAACCAAAGUGAGGAAAACAGCAUGAACUUCCUCAAGAGAGAAGAGGAACCGCAGGAUGCAAACGACCAAAGUAGCUACCGCAAUACACAUUCUGAUAAUUCGUAUCAUAAUAAGAGUGUACGUUCGCAAAAUUCACAUAACAACCAGCAUAUCAUGCAUGAUAAUCCUAGUUAUUUAAAAGAGAAUGGAGAACGUAAAUAUUAUAGACACCUGAGUGAUAACUCUUACUCAAAUAAUCGUUCUAUGGACAAUUUUCAAUCAAAGGGAAUAAUGAAACCAAACAUCAAUAAACAUCAACUAGAUAAAAGCAAAAAAGGGGAAAAUGCUACUAAUAAAUCAUUCGAUGUUACCAAACAAAUAUGUGAAGAAAAGGAGCUACAUAAAUUGAAUAAAGUCCAAGCAGAGCACUUAACAGAAAAAGAUGUUAAGACAAAUAUUAUGAACUUAUUCAAAACUCUAUUCAAAGAAGACAAAAACAAAAACAGAACGAUACAUGCGAAGAAUGAAAUAAUUGAUCCUGAUAUGUACAAUUGCAACGUAUUGACAUGCAACUAUAGUAUAGUAAAAAAUAUUUUUAGUGCUGAUGUUAAAAAUAAUAAAAAAAAAAAUCAUGUUCUUUCAGUACAAACAGAAUAUACAAAAGCAAUCGAAAGGGAUAGGGAAAAUGGUAACGAACAGGAAUUAAAAAAGGUUCAAAUGGAAAAAAAUAAUCCUAAAAAAAAUAAAAUUCAACGAAAUGACCAUGAUCAAAAUUGCAAAUAUAUACGAAGCAAUGAGGGGAAUUGUGCUCAUAAGAAUUCCACAGGAAAACAAAAUGAAAAUUACUGUGAAAGCUACCAUGAUUGUGGAAGCAACGACGACAGUGAGAAAAGAGACAAACACUUAGAAUUAAUAACGCAUGAAGGAGGCGCUGAUGAAUUUGAUGAUAAUUCCAUCAGAUUAAAGGACAAAUUAAUACACAAAAAUAUGAGCCUACCGGAAGGACGUGAAUUUUAUAAUACACCUCACUACAACAAUGAGUCAUAUGAAGAUGAGAUGACCUUAAAUAAAAGUGUAGUUUUUUCUAAAACUAAGAGCUCCUUAAAUAUAAGCACAAACAACUGUAGUAGCUUCUACAAUAGUCGUAGCUUUUACAGUAGUCAUUAUCCAUACAACAGAAGUAGUAACAGUAAUAAUAAUAAUAUUGGCGUCAAGAAGUCAACAACUUUUAGUACCAACUAUUCACAAAAAAGCGCAAAUAACGAAUUAAAGAAUACCAAUAAAAGCAACCAGAAUAAUAAAUAUGGAAGAAGAAGCGCGAUCAGACAACAUGAAAUAUUAGAUAAAAUUAUGGAGCUUGAUAUUAGCAACCAAAAAAGAAAAAAUAAAAAGAAAAAUAAAAAAAAAGAAUCAACCUCAUCAACAAGGAAAAUUUAUUUCACAUCAAAAAACAGAAAAAAAUAUACAUCGUUUCUUCUUGAAAAUCCAAAAAUCAAACAGUUACUUAUGUACCUUCCAAAAUUUUUUGGUAAGAUAUUUCGUGUGUUGAAAAAAGUAUUUUUUGAUUUAAAAAAAAAAAAAAUUUUGAUGCAAAAUGCUACUUGGAAAAAUAAAAUAUUCAUACCUGAAAGAGACUCAUUAGGUUUAUUUAAAAAUACAUCUUUCGAAAAAUGGUACGUAUCUUGGAUGGACGAAUUCAACAAAAAUAUCAUUUCCAAGACUUACUAUAUACACAUCUAUUUAAUUAUAUACAUAAUCACAUUAGAUUUUAUUACAGCAUACAAAUUACAUAGUAAUCAAAUGAUAAUUAGCCCAUUAAGACAUCUUAGCUAUUUUACUUAUUUUUUUCUAAAAUCUCUUCUAAACAUACUUAUAUAUAUCUUUUACAUCAUGUUAACCUUUAAAAUAAAGAAGUAUAAUUGUUAUGAUAUCAGAAAGUAUUAUUUUUCAACCCUCUUCUUAUGUAUAGCAAAGUUAUUCAUUUCUUCACUUGACAUAUAUGUAGCUAUUACCUCCUUGGAUUAUUUUACAAGUCCUUAUUAUAUCUAUAUCUACAUUCACAUGUUAAUAAUCCAAACAUCCAUAUUAUUAAUAGUUAGGUACCCAACACAGUAUUUGUUAUUUUUUAUGUAUGUUGUUUGCUUUACUUCCUUAUAUUGGGGUUUCUCAAUACAUAAGUCUUUUAUGGAAUUUAUUUUCAUUAUCGCAUGUACCUCUAUUACGAUUGUAUACUCUUAUAUAUUAAGCUCAAGAACACUGGAAAUUAACAGAAGAAUACUAUUUUCGAAGUAUGAACUCCCUUACCUCCUGUACUUGAAGGAAAUUGUGUAUUGUUUAAAUAAAAGUCAGAGCAAGAAACAUAUGUAA